AUGGAGCCUCCAGAAUACCCCCCACUGCCCCUCUGAGGGCAAAUCCUGUCUGGGUGCCCCCCCCCAUGUAACAAGCCUCUGCCCCCCCCAUCUGAGUAUUAGUCACUGACACUCGGCAACCAGGGACCUUCCAGACUGUGCCCAACCUGCAAGUACCUCUCCUGCACGGCUACACGUGGGACCCCCAGAGCUACACGUGGGACCCCCAGAGCUACACGUGGGACCCCCAGAGCAACACGUGAGGAUUCAGGGGAGUCGGUGCCCAGGUGGGGGGGAGAGACUCAGCACAACAAGGUCACGGGCCAGAAGGAACAAGAUGGCGGCACCCAGAAACACACGCAUGUGACAGACAAUAUUGCGCCUCCCGCUGACCCGUAGAGACAAUGUGGCGAAGCAAUGAGAGCGUGGCACAGAAUGGCACAGAGAUCCACACAGCUGGCCUGGGCCUGGCACUGGGAACCAUAUCAGUAUUUACAGUCAUUCUGAACAUUCUGGUUCUGUACGCGGUGAGAAUGGAGCGCAAGCUUCACACGGUUGGGAACCUGUAUAUCGUCAGUCUGUCCAUCGCUGAUCUCAUUGUGGGCGCAGCUGUGAUGCCCCUGAACAUUGUGUAUCUACUCAACGACAGGUGGAUUCUGGGAAGAUCCGUGUGUCUCUUCUGGCUCUCUAUGGACUACGUGGCCAGCACGGCCUCCAUCUUCAGCCUCUUCAUAUUGUGUAUUGACCGGUACCGCUCUAUCCAGCAGCCACUGAAGUAUCUCAAGUACAGGACUAAGACCAGGGCUUCGGUGAUGAUCUCGGGGGCAUGGCUCCUGUCCUUCACAUGGAUUGUCCCAAUUCUGGGAUGGCACGCAUUCGCCAAUGGCGGCAUCAGAUCUGUGCCGGAAUAUACCUGUGAGACGGAAUUCCAUAAAGUGACUUGGUUUAAGGUCCUCACCGCCAUCUUGAACUUCUACAUUCCCUCCUUGCUGAUGCUGUGGUUCUAUGCCAAAAUCUACAAGGCGGUCAGAGAACACUACCAGCACCGGGAUCUGGUCAAUGGCUCCUUCCAGUUGUUCUACGACAGCAAAUUGGUGCAGAACGUCAGGGUUCUCAAGAGCCAACAAGGCUGCCCCAAGAAUCAGUGUAGGGAUGGGAAACGAACAGUCCCUGAGGCAAAUUUUCCGGCACAAUACGUCACUGUAUCGAAAGAGAUUGGACAGUUGAGAAGCACCCAGGGAAAAGACUCAAUAGAUGAUUAUGAGAACCAUCAAGAUCUUAGCCACUGUGAUAAUAAUAUCUUUAAAUUGCAUUGCUUUCCACUGGCAAUAAUUCAGACGCACCCCCAGGAGUGCAGGAACUAUGUGACGGUCACCAGGGGGACCUUAAAAAAACAUAACUGCCCUGGAACCCAGCAAAUGGCAGAGAUCUCAGAGGAACAUACGUUUGCUGAAGUUGCAUCUUGUAUGAUGGAGCUGAGUCAGGUGGAGGAAUCCAACAUGGAGGCAACAGAGAGAACUGACGCCAGACUUUCAGGGAACUUUAACUACCUAAAACAUACCUGGGAGAGGUUUUGCACCCAUUCCAAACAACACAUCCAGGGGCUCCACAUGAACAGAGAGAGGAAGGCUGCAAAGCAGUUGGGAUUCAUCAUGGCCGCCUUCAUGCUCUGCUGGAUUCCAUAUUUUGUUCUCUUCAUGGUCAUAGCGUUCUGUCACAACUGCUGCAACCACAACUUCCACAUGUUCACAAUUUGGCUCGGCUACAUCAACUCAACCCUGAACCCCCUCAUCUACCCUCUGUGCAACGAGAACUUUAAAAAGACUUUUAAAAAGAUAUUUCAUGUAGAACUGGACUGUGGGGAGUGUAAAAAAGAGAAUCAUGCAACUUGCACUUACGCAUGAACUCAACAAGAGCCAACUCUCAGAACUGUAUUGGGUAAAUGGGGACAACGCUCUCAGCCCCACACAUAGUAGGGCCCGACAGUAGAGCAAGAAUGAAAAGUAGCAGGUACCUUAGGACAAAAUGGUGAUGCUGUGGCAAGAUGGCAACAGCAAAGUCUUUUUUCCUGUCAGUUGAAUUAGAUUGAGAUGGUUAGUUAUAAUGGCUGACAGUAGGACAAGGUUGGACCUUUUCAGUCCAGGCUUUCUUGCAGAUUCGACCUUUGGUAGAGCCCUCUUUAGGUCAAAACGCCCAAAAUAAUAUCCUGAAGCACCUCCAAGUUAUCCUAAAAUCUCACCCUGAAUGGCCCCACAUGCACUCAGCAGAAAAAAAAUAGUAACAGAAGGACAGUAUGAAAGAUGGAAACAGUAAGGCAACAUGAAGACAAUAUGACAAGAGGGAGAGAGUAGAGCAUGAUGGAGCUAGUAGGGCAUGAUGGAAACAGUCUGACAAGAUGGACACAGUUGGACAAGAUGGAGACAGUAGGAGAAGAUGGAGACAGUAAAACAAAGAUGGAGACAGUGGAACAAGAUGGAGACAAUAG